GUACCCAAACUAUACAACCAAACCGGUACCUGUAAGUGGAGAAAUCGGUCAGGGUUUACUGAGCAUCUAGGUGGAAACUGAGCACACAGCCCUCCCCGUCUCAUCUUUCUCCUCCCUCCCUCAGUCCCUCCCUUCGUCUUCCUAGGGUCUACAGAUCAGUCCCCGUUGUUCCGAUCUUGUCUUGUGCUCGUCUCGUUUUUAUAUUCAUAUGGUGUCGAAUGCCGCCAGCAUGUGAGAAUAAAGGACACGUCGGUAGUUUAUCGAAACACUGAACUCUGAAGGCGGACUAGAUAAUUUGAUAACAAGAAAUAUACCGUGAAAAUACUUCAAAGAAUAGCUUGGAUUUGAAAACGGGGUGUUCGACGAUCCCCAUCUCACCCCUGCAAACUGGAUAUCGGAAUGGUGUGUCGGGACCCCAGUGGGUUCGGAAAUGUGCCAUGUUUGUGCGAGCAAUGAGCCUGACAGACAUGUCUGGCUCAGAGCACUGAUAAUCUGGACAGCUCCAGGGAGCCCACAACACGCUCAGUGGGCACCACAGCUAACUUGAAAGGGAAAAUGAGCAAAAGGUUAUCCAUUGUGAAAGGCCAUUUCCCCAAACUAGUUGACUGUGCUCACUUCCACUAUGAAAAUGUGGAUUUUGGAUCCAUUGAGUUGCAGUUGGCCAGCACACAGAAUGAUGCCAGCUGGAGCUCCAGUUCUGCCAAGGACUUGGUCUUCCUGGUCCAGGUCUCCUGCAAGGGCAAAGCAUGGAUGGUGCGCCGGUCCUACGAGGAGUUCCGCACACUGGACGCUCACCUGCACCAGUGCAUCUAUGACCGGCGUUACUCACAGCUGUUGCCCCUGCUGGCCCCCAGCGAGAUUGGGGACAAGCUGGAGAUGCUCUAUCCUCUGCUGUCCGAGUACCUGAGUCGUCUUUCCGUGAUUGUGGACAACAAGCUCAACUGUGGGCCCGUGCUCACUUGGAUGGAGAUUGACAACCAUGGCAACCGGUUUCUGCUGAAAGAGGAAGCAUCGCUGAACGUCCCCGCCAUUGCUGCCGCCCACGUCAUCAAGCGGUACACAGCGCAGGCCAGUGAUGAGAUCUCCAUCGAGGUAGGAGAUAUCCUGUCAGUGAUUGAUAUGCCACCCAAGGAAGACACUAGCUGGUGGAGAGGCAAACAUGGAUUCCAGGUUGGCUUCUUCCCCAGUGAAUGUGUGGAGCUCAUCAGUGAGAAGGUCCCACACUCAGUCAGUGCCCCAUCAUCCAAAGAUGGAGAUCUAAGUGGCACUAAGCCAGGUCUCGUGAACGUGGCCACACCCCCUUCUCCCACAUCAGUGCUUCAGCCUUGGUUCCUAAGAGUUACUGUAUCCAAGAAGCAUGGUAAACUGAUGGGCUUCCUGCGUGCAUUUAUGAAGUCCAGGCCAACAAAGCAAAAGCUGAAGCAGAGAGGUAUUCUGAAGGAGAGGGUGUUUGGCUGUGACCUGGGAGAACACCUGCUCAACUCUGGGAACGAUGUUCCCCAGGUUCUGAAGAGUUGUUCAGAGUUCAUUGAGAAGUAUGGUAUUGUGGAUGGAAUCUACAGACACUCUGGUGUGUCAUCUAACAUACAGAAGCUCAGGCAUGAGUUUGACAGUGAAAAUGUGCCUGAUCUGACCAAGGACUUGUACAUGCAGGACAUACAUUGUGUGGGUUCUUUGUGCAAACUUUACUUCCGGGAGCUACCGAACCCACUGCUCACCUACCAGUUGUAUGACAAGUUUGCUGACUGUAUGGGAGACAUGACCGAGGACGAGCGCAUGGUGAAAGUCCAUGAUGUCAUUCAGCAGCUUCCACCGCCUCACUACAGGACCCUGGAGUACCUUAUUAGGCAUCUUGCUCGCCUGGCCACCUACAGCAAUGAGACCAACAUGCACAUCAAGAACCUGGCCAUUGUCUGGGCGCCCAACCUGCUGCGGUCCAUGGAGAUUGAAGCGGUUGGGCUAAGCGGGGCCAAUCCAUUUAAAGAGGUGCGCAUCCAGUCUGUGGUGGUGGAGUUUCUUCUGAGCAACGUGGAAGUCCUCUUCAGCGAUUCAUUCACAUCUGUGGGUCGCUUCAACUCAGGCCUUACUUCCGUGACAUGGUGAGGUCUUUGUUGGAUUCCUAUGUGCAUGGAGCUGUCUGCAGACUGCAAGACAGGGGCAGAACAUGUACCAGCUGACUAGUCGGGCAAGCUGACCAAUCAGAGCACACUGGGCUCAUUGGGGGUGGAGCUCAACAGAACAUUUCAGACAGAAGGUGAAUAGGGAUGUACAGUAUAAGAAAAAUACUUUUUUAACAUUAAGUUAAUCUACUGUAGUAGACCCCAAAACUAAAAUUGUGACCAUUGAAAAUGAGCAUAAUAGGCCUCCUUUAAAUGAUUUCUUAUACAGUCAAUGACAAAGAAAUAGCUAAGUACCCAGACGGAGUAGUGAAAAUGAAAUGAAUCGGCAUGUGGUGAAAGGUCAUGUGACUGUAUCGCAAUGAUUAUAAUAUCAGUUCAAACAGACAACUGAGUUGGCAGUAUGGGUCGGGCCUGGAUACAUGCGGCAAUACGCUGUGGAAGGGAGUCGCACAGCCGUUGUAUCCUCUCCUGCGGCAAGUCGGCCUACAGCUGUUGUAACUGGCCCUCGAGAUUCUGCACUAACACAGGGUCUGAAUUGACAUCCAAGCUGAUCCCAGACAUCUUCGAUUGGGGAAAGAUCAGGGGACCUGGCUGGCCAUGGGAGGACCUCAAAAUUACACAUG